AUGUAAUAGAUUUCAGAGGAGUUCUCUAAACUCAGUAUAGAAACAUAUACCACAGGAUUCAUUCAUUGCUAAGAGUUUGACAACCAUUUCCCAAAGAAAGAGCAUUGUGAGAAUCCAUAAAGAACUUAAUCUAUAGAUAAGGCCAUUUAAGAUUAUAUAUCAUCUAAAGAUUUAAACAAAAAAGUGGAAUAACUGUCAUAAUUUGAAUAGUGGUAUUCUUCUUAGUUUAUUAUUUAAGUGAUAUAAGCCAUUUGAGAUUAGUUCAUGAUAACAAAUAUAUAGAUUUUGUACAAGGAUUAUUUGAUGCUGUUGGACAUGAAUAAAAUACAACAGAUUUCAAGUAUUUUGAUGAUACAUAUCUAUGCAAAACAUCAGCCACGACUGCUAGAAAAUGUGUUUAAGCAGUGUUGGAAGGAGUUGAUAAGAUAUUAAAGGCAGAAUGGAGAAAUGCAUUCUGUAGUGUUCGACCCCCUGGUCAUCAUAGUGGACAUUUAACCAAACCAAAUGGGUUUUGUGUUUAUAACAAUGUUGCUGUUGCUGCUAAAUAUGCAAGAGAAAAAUACAAUGUCAAUAAAAUUGUUAUCUUUGAUUGGGAUGUUCAUCAUUGUGAUGGAACAGAAUCUAUAUUUUAUGAAGAUCCACAUACCUUAGUGAUAUCAAUUCAUAGAUACGAUAAUGGAAGUUUUUACCCUGGAAGUGGAGAUCCUGUAAAAAUAGGAGAAAAAGAUGCUAAACACAAAAAUAUUAAUGUUGGCUGGAAUGUAAAAGAUAAAGAAACUGCUCCAGGUUAUGAUGACUAUGUCUAUGCCUUUGAUAGACUGUUAGGUCCUAUAAUAAAAGAUUUUGGUCCAGAUUUCAUCAUCAUAAGCGCUGGUUACGAUUCAGCAAAGGGAGAUCCUCUUGGCGGUAUUAAUAAUACUCCUUUAGGGUAUUAAUAUAUGACUGAAAAGUUAUAAUAAUUAUGCCCUAGAGUCUUGGCUGUUCUUGAAGGUGGAUACAAUCUUGAUGUCACAGCAUAAUGUGCUCUCGCUACUUUUUAAUAAUUAUUAGGAGUACCUUAAUAGUUUCCAGCCGUUAUUAAACCCAGUUAAUGUGGAAUUAAUGCAGUGCAAACAACUGUUGAUAAACAUAAAUAAUUUUGGACCUGUCUUUCUUCAAAAGAGUUAUUGGAAUAUUAAAAAUAGUUUUUAGGAGAAACAGUCAAUUUAAUUUCAGGGGGACAUUUGUAAGCUUUCCAGAUUAAAGAUAAUAUCAUUAUCAAAACAACAAAAAAAGCAGAGUACUAAUUCUAUUCUACUUUAACUAACCUGACGAAUCCAUAUUAUGACGAAAAUAAAAGGCUAAUUAAAUUUUUACCUAAAUUAAUAUCUUUGGAUGAAAAAACUUGUACUAUUUCGAUGGUAUUUUAUUCAAUUUAAUUUAGGAAAAUUUAACUUAUGGACUUGAAAAUGGAUCAAUAUUGGACUUAAAAAUAGGCUACAAAACAUAUCAUCCAUGUUGUACACAAGAUAAAAAAGAAAAAGAAAUAAAAAAGGCUAAUCUAUGUGAUUAAAUAUUGAUGGGUUUUAGAGCAGCUGGUAUUAAAAUAAGAGAUCAGAAUGGAGUUUUAACUGUCAACAAGAAUGGUUCUGAAGCAUAUAAUUGGAUAACAAGUGAUUAAUAAAUGAAAGAUGUCAUUGAAUAGGUUUUUAAAUCAAAUCAAGUUGAGUAACCUAAUAGAGAAGCACUCAAAGGAUGCAUUAAUUUUAUCUAGGAAUUAAUUGAAGCUCUUCAAACCAGCAAGAGGUAAAUAUACAAUAAAAUAAUUUAGAUUGUUUCGAAGUACUUCAAUUCUAAUCAUUGUGGAUAACAUUUCCAAAAAGUAUCAAAUCAAAUGGAUUGACUUCAAUUAUGUAAUGAAAUUGUCUGAAGAUUCUGAAAAUCCAGACGCAGAUGUGGAUAAUAAUAUAAUAGGAGGACUUAAAUAUCUGUUAUCAAUAUUAAAAUCCAUAGAAUAGAAAUGA